GCGUAGCGGUGAACCGGCUGUUCUCUAUGUGUUGUCUGUAGGCGCUGUGUUGCUGGUCAGUGUCCAGGGCGUAGCGGUGGACCUGCUGUUCUGUAUGUGUUGUCUGUAGGUGCUGUGUUGCUGGUCAGUGUCCAGGGCGUAGCGGUGAACCUGCUGUUCUGUAUGUGUUGUCUGUAGGUGCUGUGUUGCUGGUCAGUGUCCAGGGCGUAGCGGUGAACCUGCUGUUCUGUAUGUGUUGUCUGUAGGCGCUGUGUUGCUGGUCAGUGUCCAGGGCGUAGCGGUCAACCUGCUGUUCUCUAUGUGUUGUCUGUAGGUGCUGUGUUGCUGGUCAGUGUCCAGGGCGUAGCGGUCAACCUGGAUCCUGUCUUCAGUACAUGGAUCCUCCACCAGCCUCAGAAGAGGAGCAGCAGGCAACAGGCUCCGGUGACGGUUCCCAUGUCCAUGUCCAAGCGGAGGGAGGACGAGGUGUCUGUGGGGAGCAUGCCAUUUGCCAAGCAGCCAUCCAAUCAGGCCUCAGACUACGCCAGCAGCCCGGUCAAGACCAAGACUGUCACAGAGUCCCGUCCUCUGUCCAUCCCUAUGAAGGUGAUGCCUUUCUCUCCAGAGACCUGGACCACCUCAGAGGAACGUAUGAAAGAGAUGAUCGCUCACGUCUGGGACGCCGUCAAACGACUCACACUACAGUUGGAGCUCCAGUCAUGCUGUGUGUUCGUCCCCAACGACAGCCUCCCCUCUCCCAGCACCAUUAUAUGUGGUGACAUCCCUGGUACUGUCCGUAGCUGGUACCACAACCAGGCCUCCAUGCCUGGGACUCUGGUAGUCUGUCUGCCCCAGAUCACUGUGCUUUCUGCUGGACACAAAUACAUGGAGCCCCUGCAGGACCUCCCCUUCAUGGUGUCCAGGCCCAUACUGGAGGAAGGUGAUGCCUUCCCGUGGACCAUAACCCUGAGCCAGUUCAGUGUGUACACCCUGUUGGGUCAGCAGCGGUCUCUGAGUCUCCUGGAGCCCGUGGGCUGUACCUCCACCCUGGCCGUCACCUCCCACAAGCUGCAGGCCGCAGGCCCCGACGGACGACACGCCUUCAUCGUCUGUCUGCACGUUGACCUGGAACCUCUGAACGUCAAGGUCUCCAACCCCCAGGUUAGUAAAUACAUACACACUCUAACCCCCAGGUUAGUAAAUACACACACACUCUAACCCCCAGGUUAGUAAAUACACACA